AGGCUGACCCCACCUGUGUCCCUGUGACAGGCUGCUCACAGCUGCUGUCUGCUCAGAAUGCUGUGAGGAUUUCAGCCAGAACACAGCUUUGGGCGCAGUGCUCGGCGUUUGGGGCGGCAGGAGUUUCAGGAGCAGCGCAGGAUGGAGCGCCUGGCCUCCUUCGGCAAUGACCCCUUCGAUAAACCUCCAUGCAGAGGUUGCUCUUCGUACCUCACCGAGCCCUACGUGAAGUGUGCAGAGUGUGGGCCUCCUCCCUUCCUCCUGUGCUUGCAGUGUUUCACACGAGGAUUUGAAUACAAGAAACACCAAAGUGAUCACACUUACGAGAUAAUGACUUCAGAUUUCCCUGUCUUGGAUCCUAACUGGACAGCUCAAGAGGAAAUGGCACUGCUGGAAGCUGUGAUGGACUGCGGAUUUGGAAACUGGCAGGAUGUGGCCAACCAGAUGUGUACAAAAUCCAAGGAGGAGUGUGAGAAACAUUACAUGAAACACUUCAUCAACAACCCCUUGUUUGCAUCUACAUUGCUGAACCUGAAGCAGGCUGAGGAGGCGCAGCACAACGAAACAGCCAUUCCCUUCCACCCUGCUGAUGACCCCCCCCGGCCUACUUUUGACUCCUUGCUCUCCAGAGACAUGGCCGGGUACAUGCCGGCGCGGGCUGACUUUGUGGAGGAGUUUGACAACUAUGCUGAAUGGGAUUUGAGAGAUAUUGAUUUUGUAGAAGAUGAUUCAGACAUUUUGCAUGCUCUGAAGAUUGCAGUUGUAGAUAUCUACCAUUCCAGGUUAAAGGAAAGACAGCGAAGAAAAAAAAUUAUAAGAGACCACGGCCUAAUCAACCUCAGGAAAUUUCAGAUUUUGGAAAGACGAUACCCAAAGGAGGUUCAGGACCUUUACGAAACAAUGCGGCGCUUUGCACGGAUUCUGGGACCAGUGGAGCACGAUAAGUUCAUUGAAAGCCACGCAUUGGAAUUUGAGCUGCGAAGGGAAAUAAAGCGCCUACAGGAAUACAGAGCAGCAGGGAUCACCAAUUUCUGUAGUGCGAGAACGUACGACCACCUGAAGAAGACGAGAGACGAGGAGCGCCUGAAGCGCACCAUGCUGUCUGAAGUGCUGCAGUACAUCCAGGACAGCAGCGCGUGCCAGCAGUGGCUCAGCCGGCAAGCUGACAUUGAUUCCGGCCCGACUCCCCCAGCACCGAUCCCUUCCAAUUCCGGCAGACGGAGCGCCCCGCCACUGAACCUCACCGGGCUGCCAGGGACGGAGAAACUGAACGAGAAGGAGAAAGAGCUCUGUCAGAUGGUGAGGUUGGUCCCUGGAGCCUAUUUAGAAUACAAAGCUGCCUUAGUGAACGAGUGCAACAAACAAGGAGGGCUGCGGCUCGCGCAGGCGAGAGCGCUCAUCAAGAUCGAUGUGAACAAAACGAGGAAAAUCUAUGACUUCCUUAUCAGGGAAGGGUACAUCACGAAAGCCUGAGGAGCAGCACGGCACUCUGCUUGGAGCAAACAGACACGGAGAAGCUCUGAAGUCACUCUGACAGCACUGAAAGAUUUUAACAGUGUUAAAUGAAGGACAUUUUCUAUUGUUUAAAAUCUUUUGGACCUUUUUU